AUGUUAUCGAUAUUGAGAAAAGCCCGGCUGAAGGACAAGGAGAUGAGAAUUCUGAUGCUGGGUCUCGACAAUGCGGGCAAGACCACCAUCGUGAAGAAGAUCAUGAAUGAAGACGUUACCACCGUCAGCCCCACUCUUGGGUUCAUUAUCAAGACUAUUGACUUUGAGGGAUACAAGUUGAACAUAUGUAAGCCAACUUGCAUCCGUAGCUGGUUCUGGAAAAAGAUGCGGCGCUCCAUCAUGGCGGCACUGACAACCAUAUCCAGGGGACGUGGGUGGUCAAAAGACCCUGCGAAUUACUUUGAGAAAACUGAUACCCUGGUGUGGGUGGUUGAUGCUACCGAUCGUCUUCGUGUCGAUGAUUGUCGACAGGAGCUGGCUGGACUGCUCUUGGAAGAGCGCCUGAUGGGUGCUACUUUACUGGUUUUUCUGAACAAAACCGAUGUGGAACAUUGUAUGACAGAAGACGAAGUCCGACAGCGCCUUGAGUUGGAUCUUAUUGUAACGCACAAAUGGACCAUUCUGCCGUGCAGUGCGAUGACAGGCAAAAAUCUCAUCGAGGGGUUGAAUUGGGUGGUACAGGAUGCCAAGGAUCGUCUAUUUUUAUAUUAG